GUUAGAUUCACUUUAGCCGCGGUGGACGCAGCACUUGGACCGCAUUUACGUUACUUUUAGUUAAAUACCAUUUAAAACAUUUAAAACUAUGUCGCAAAUUUGUAAACGAAGCCUGUUGACUGCAAACCGUAUUGCCAUCAAUGCCCCAGCAGUUUUACGUUGCAAAUCCACAUGGUUUACGGAGGUACAAAUGGGCCCACCGGACGCCAUACUGGGUGUUACGGAGGCCUUCAAGAAGGACACCAAUCCAAAGAAGAUCAACCUCGGUGCCGGCGCCUAUCGUGACGACAAUACAAAGCCUUUUGUUCUGCCCAGUGUGCGCGAGGCCGAGAAGCGCCUUGUGGAUCGAUCCCUGGACAAGGAAUACGCUACAAUCAUUGGUAUACCCGAGUUCUAUAACAAGGCAAUUGAGUUGGCUCUAGGCGAGCAAUCGAAUCGGCUGAAGGCUAAGCACAAUGCCACAACACAGGCGGUCAGCGGCACUGGAGCGUUGCGUGUGGGCGGUGCAUUUUUGAGUAAAUUUUGGAGGGGUAACCGUGAGAUUUACUUGCCAACACCAUCGUGGGGUAAUCACGUGCCCAUUUUUGAGCACUCCGGUCUGCCGGUCAAGCGUUACCGCUAUUACAAUCCAAAGAAUUGCAAUCUGGACUUUGGCGGCAUGGUUGAGGACUUAAAGAAAAUACCCGAAAAGUCGAUUGUGCUCUUGCACGCCUGUGCGCAUAACCCAACGGGCGUCGAUCCCAGCACCGAGCAGUGGCGUGAGCUGUCGCAGGUGUUCAAGCAGCGCAAGCUUUAUCCAUUCUUCGACAUGGCCUAUCAGGGCUUUGCCACCGGCAAUGUCGAUGGCGAUGCUCAGGCUGUGCGCAUCUUCGAGGCCGAUGGCCAUGACUUCUGUCUGGCACAGAGCUUUGCCAAAAACAUGGGCCUGUACGGCGAGCGAGCUGGUGCCUAUUCGGUAAUUUGUGCCGAUGAGGAAGAGGCAGCUCGCUGUUUGUCACAGAUCAAGAUUCUAAUUCGCGCUCUCUACUCCAAUCCUCCAAUUCAUGGUGCACGCAUUGCCGCCGAGAUUCUCAACAAUGGCGAUUUGCGCAGCCAGUGGCUGAAAGAUGUCAAGGGCAUGGCUGAUCGCAUCAUCAAUGUGCGCACACAACUAAAAACUAAUCUGGAAAAGCUGGGCUCCUCGCGUAACUGGCAGCAUAUUGUGGAUCAAAUUGGUAUGUUCUGCUUCUCUGGCCUUUCGCCCGAGCAAGUAGACAGCCUGAUGCAAAAUUACAGCAUAUAUCUCACCAGAGAUGGUCGAAUUUCCAUGGCUGGUGUAACUAGCAAGAAUGUUGAGUACCUGGCCGAAAGCAUCCAUAAUGUAACCAAAUAGAUUAUAUCAGUGGCUGGAGAUUCACGUUUGGCUGUACCUGUGCGCAUUUAUAGGAAUUAUAUGCAGCUAAGAAUAAGUCAAACAAACAGUUGCCUUUCAACAAUCUGACCCUGUACAUAAGCUAAAUCGUCUGCCGUUGAAAUAAAGCAUUCUAAAAUUUUAUAGUUAACCACAACCGUUAUUUAUAUAA